GUACCAAGUGUGGCAGUGUCUACUCGCUUUGCUUCCAGUGGUUUGCACAGCGAUGAGCAACACCAAUUUUGUGUUUGCAGCAGCAUCUAUCAAUUACAGAUGUGCUGUACCAGAAUGCGAAGCGACUAAUGCUUCAUCGGCUCUACCUAAGUGGUGGCCGUCUAAUGCAACAGAUGAUCGCUGCUCGCGACCAGUUUUCGAUAAUAACAGUUGUAGCGUUAACGAUUUUGUUUACUUUAAACAAUGUGGUGAAUAUAUUUAUGAAACCAAGAAUUCAAUCGUUGCUGAGUUCCUCCUGGCAUGUCAGGAGUGGAAACGAACUUUAGUGGGCACCAUUCACAAUUUAGGAGUUCUAAUAUCCAUGCCUCUAAUGGGUUUUAUUUCAGACAGGAUAGGCCGUCGGUCAGCGAUUAUUAUAAGCGGCUUGAGUCUAGGAUUUGGAGCGUUUAAGACUUUGUCAGGAGUAGGACCGACUGGAUACAUCACAUAUGUGUGUAUUGAGUUUGUCGAAGCUGUUCUCGUGACUGGCACGUAUACUACAUGCUUUGUGCUGAUUGUUGAGCUCAUUGGAAGUGACAAGAGGAUCAUAGGAGCUGCUGCUGUGGGUAUAUCAGUGGCUAUCGGAGAACUAAUACUAGACCUCAUCGUGUGGUACAUUCCGUACUGGAGGAAUUUUCUCUUGAUCAUCUACUGCCCUGUUCCAAUAUUUCUACUAUAUACAUAUCUUCUGGAAGAAAGUAUGCGCUGGUUGAUAACGAAUGGAAGAAACGGUGAAGCAUUGAUUUUACUGCAAAAGAUAGCUCAUUGUAACCAGUUCGCUAUUUCUGAUAAAACAAUUGAUGAAAUUAACAAAGAAUCGAAGGAAACGAAUGUUAUACAUGAAGAGAAAAUUAAUAUAAAACUACUUUUGUCAUCUAAAGCUUUAUUAAAAAGGGUAAUCGUUUGUUCGUGGUGGUGGUUCACUGCUGCGUUCGUGUACUACGGACUCAUGAUCAACUCCGUUGCUCUCCCUGGGAACAAGAACACCAAUUUUGCUCUCUCAUCCCUUGCUACCAUACCUGGUGAUAUUAUAGCGGUGAUAACUCUUGAUAGAUUUGGCAGGAAAAAGACGUUGCUUGUAGGAUUUUUGUUUUGUGGACUUUGUUGUGUUACCAAUGGCUUUAUACAAGAGUAUAAAAUUGCGUCGACUGCAAUAUUCCUGAUCGGCAAAAUGUCUAUAUCCGCGUGUUUCAACGCGGUUUAUGUGUAUACGUCGGAACUUGUACCUACAUCAGUUCGAGGAUCUUUAGUGGGCACGUGUUCGAUGCUUGCGCGCGUGGGUUCUGUGCUGGCUCCGCUUACGCCUCUUUUAAGAGAAUGGUGGGACUCAUUACCAACCGUAUUGUUCGGCUGCGUGUCACUAUCCGCCGCAAUUUUGACUCUCGCCACUCCCGAGACGCUUCGACGACCUCUACCUGAUACUGUGGCAGAAGCAACAGCUCUGUCUUAGAUCAACAAAAAUACAUUA